UAAGCAGGACAGCCCAGCAGAAUAUAUCGUGCAAAGUAUAGGGGCUGUACUGAACAGUGUGGGACCUUCAGGCACCUGGUUGUCUUCACAAGUGACGUGACCAUGGCAUCCCAAGGCCAGGUCAUCUUCUGGAGUUGAAAGUAACCCCCACAAGAUGGGUAAAGUGGCAAACUUGCUUCAGCCUUUGAUGAAUGUGGACCAAGCUCUCAUCUAUGCCUGACUGCUUGAACAGAGCCACCAACAAGCUUCAUCCCAGGUGUGGGCUUUUCCAGGCUGGAUGGAGGCAGAGGCACCAGUGAGCAAGACUACAGUCAUUAUCAUCCUGGCCGCGGUGAUUGCCCUGAUCAUUGGGUUCGGUGUCUCAGGAAAACGCUCCAUCAGCGUGACAGCGCUGACGUCCCCGGGGAACAUUGGCCAGCGCAGCGUCCUGGGCUGCACUUUCGAGCCCGACAUCCCGAUGGGCAGCAUAGUGAUCCGGUGGGCCAAGGCAGGAGUAGCUGGGCUGGUUCAUGAGUUUAAAGGUGGGAAGGACCACCUGCAAGAGCAAGACGCGUUGUUUCAGGGCCGCACAGCAGUGUUUGCAGACCAGGUGAUUGGCGGCAACGCUUCCCUGGAGCUGAGGGAUGUGCAGCUCUCUGACGCUGGCACCUACCAGUGCUCCGUCACCACGGCCAGAGGGAGCGGAGCAGCAGUGGUGCGGUACAGGACGGGAGCCUUCAGCACCCCCAAGGUCGGCGUGGAGAACAGCAGCAGCGGGGACACAUUGCAGUGCGAGGCACCACGCUGGUUCCCUCGACCCACCGUGCGCUGGACCGCCUGCAGCGACGCUGGGGAGCACCUGCCCCACGUUGCCAACACCAGCUACGAGCUGAACGCUGAAAACGUCACUCUGAAAGUGGUUUCUUUCCUGCACAACGUUACUGCUAAUGCCACCUACACCUGUGUGAUUGAAAACAACAUUGCCAAGGCUACGGGCAACAUCAAAGUGACAGAUUUCAGCAUUACAAGGGGGACCAACUUGCAGCUGGUGAACCUGGAUGCAGAGUCAAUGUCCUCCUCCCUUCCAGCCUGUCACUGGAUGCUUCUGCUUCCCCUCUAUCUGCUGUCAAUAUAAAAGCCUCUAUAAAACAAUCAGAAACACUUCUGGACCUUGAGGUAAGCUUGGGAAGGGAAACUCAUAAGCAUAUAUGCUCAGUAUAAGUAUACAUAGCCCCUCUUGCUGAGUUUGGUUACAGCAGAUGAUCUAUCUCCAUCCUGUCAGAAUAGGAGAGCAUCUUUUCCAUAUGUCCAUCCUUUCCCCAGCUUUAGGUGAGACACAUGGCUUAUCCCUCCCACAGGCUCCCUGAUGGCUUCUCCCAUCGCUUUCUGCAGUCUCAGAGAUUCUUCUCUUACACUACCAACUGUCAUCUCUUACUUGUCCCCUCAUUUUCUUUUCCUUCCCUCCUCAACCUUCUCUCUGAUCCGAAAGACAGAUGUCUUGCUGCUCUGCAUACCCUCUGAACCUUGGCUACAGUUCAUGGCUGCAAGGCAGUGGGGACUUCUUCCUCUCCCUCCUGAUGAGGCCUGCUCUAGUACAAGCCUUGCUUGCACCUGCUUUGUUCAGACAACUCCACUGCACAGUGCAGUACCAACUAUGGACACCUUGAACGGGGCUAGAAGGAGCUGCCAGCCUGAGCAAUCCUACCUAGACCUGGAAUAAAGAGGGCUGUAAACACUCAAAGCACAGGACAACUGCCUUUAGUAUUUAUCAGCUUUGGCUGGUAGGUUCUGGUGCCGAAGUAGAGAGCCACGGAAAAUCAGCUAAAGGGACAUCUCUUUCUUUCCACACAGAACAGUUACUACAGCUAUCCUGACGGCAGGACAUGCUUCAUGCUUUCCUCCCUCUUGGGCUGAGAACUUUAAGAGCUCCUCCCAGCUCCAGAGCAUGUUGUAGCACAAACACGAAGCCAGCUGAUUUCUCUUGUAUUAUCAUUUUUUACCCAUGCCAACAACAGGAUACUUUGUUUGGAUUCAGAAAGAGGCUGAGGAAUGUGAUAAGGAGUGUUGCAUAAAUAAAGGAAAAACUCUGAUCACA